AUGAGUCAGAACGUUGUUGGUGUGUUCUUGGUGCUGAUCGCAGUUGCCAAUGCGGUGAAGGUGCCGGUAACCAUCUACUAUGAAUCGCUCUGCCCAGACAGCGCAAAGUUCAUUACCGAGCAGGUCUUUCCAGCUGUGAAGGGCGAACUGCGCGACUACGUGGAAAUCAACUGGGUGCCUUAUGGCAAGUCGCAUUUCACAACACAAGGUGCCGAAGUGAUUUUUGAUUGUCAUCACGGUCCAAACGAGUGCUACGGCAAUAAAGUGCAUGCCUGUGCCAUCGAACAUAUUCAGGCCAACUCCUACCAAAUCGAAUUCACCAGAGAAUCACUAACUUUGGACUUCAUCAACUGCAUGAUGAAAGCAGGCAAGAACUUCGAUGACAACGUAUAUCCGGGUGCACGUUGCGCACGUGAAAAUCAUAUUAGCGCCUGGGAAAAUAUCCAGCAAUGCGCCAACACAACCGAAGGCAGUAUUUUACUCAAAAAACAAGGCGAAGCCACCAUGCAAUUCCAAAAUCCAUUGAUAAGCGUACCAACUGUUGUCUUCAAGCAGCAAUAUGAUGCCAAGGAAAACGAUCAAGCCAUGUCCAGCUUCCUGAAUGUUGUCUGCAAGUACAUUCCUCAGCCGCAGCCGAAAGUGUGUGCCGCGCUCAACUCGGCCGUCGCCACCACUGUUACACCGCUCUUAGCUGCAUUGGCAUACUUGCUUGUGCGAUUCUUCUAAGCUACGAAAGCUCAGUUAGCAAAGCCGCUGCUACAAGCGGGUACCUCCAUUCAGCUUCCAAUUACAAAAAAUUGAGUUGAAGUCAAAUAUUCGUAAAUCAUGUCUUCUUUUAAUUUUUAUUCUAACACAAACCAAUCCGUCCAGGUAUUGUGAUUCCAAAUUUUUGUAUUCCAAAAUAAUACCUUCAUAUGUAUGUAUAUUACAAAUGAAACGUUUUUAUAUUCAAACUUUAUAUGUACGUACGAUGCUUAAUAUAACAGAUAUGUGUUUAUCUUUAUAGUAGAAUGUGUUUAUAGAGCAAGUUUUAACUGUUAAUCGAGGAUAUUCACAUUUGUAAAAUAUUUAAAUAAUAAAUACAUAUACAUAUAUACAAAACAUA